UAAGGGACCGAGCACGAUAGAAACUCGAGAAUGUUUGCGACCUGCUCGUAGUUUAACUGUUUAUGGGAGUGAGUAUCCAAUUCUGCACAUUUUCACGGGGUUAGCCGUUAGUCGCCAACAUAAUUCGCGGGAACUUCGAGAGAGAGAGCAGCGCGCGCAAAUGGACGACACAGGGACGAUCCUCUUCCAAAUUUCGACUCUCAAAGACAUGCUUGAUAAGGUUAACGAUGAAAUCGAAACGAACAUUCAGAUUACAAGAGAAAUCGAAUCGGAAAUCGUUAAAAUUGAGGAGAUUGAGACUGCGUUGGAUGCUAGAGAAUCUGAGCUCAUGAAGUUGAUUUAUUUGUCUCAGUAUGAACUAAGUGGUUUCAUUGCUGUUACAGUUAACUCAAGAAAGUCAGUAGCAGCUUUGACAGAAGAGAUUAAUCAUCAAAGGAGGAAAAAAGCUGACCUACUUGAGAGAUUGAACAAGAAGCGGGAAAUUUUUUCCACGGCAUGCAUUGAAUUCCAAAAGAAUAUUGAAAGUGAAGAAUGCAACAGAGUCAGGUCAAUGUUGUUGGAGAAAGAAUCUCUUGAGGAUGAGAUCCAAAAGCUUGACCGGAUAGAUACCAAAUUCAGAAUUCCAAUGACAGCAGUUUCGGACGAGAUUCUUGAAGAUCUUCACAGUUCUAACUCUGCCCUAGCAAUGGAGAUACAGGAAAGACAGGCGGAGCAUGAGAGAUUGCUGAAAGAAAUUGAGCAAUUUAAGUCUGUACUGCUUUCCACCAUUUCUGACGUUGACGAUCCAUGGUGAUUGUUGUAAAGGUACUAUAUUGCAGUAGAUGCCAGUUAAAGAUGCCUCGAAACAAUAUCUACAGACAAAUCAUCCCUUGACUGUUGAAAGUAAAUGACCAAAUAAAGGCUUAUUAGGUUGGCUAUAUUCCUCUCAAACAACUUGUUAGUUGCUAACAUAAGAACAAUUUUUCUUAGUAUAAGAAGAAAGCAGUUGUUAUCUUAGAAAAUGCUACUGAAUUAGCUGCAUUGCUUUUGUAGCGAUGAUUGUAUAAAAAUGUUGUUGUACUUGCUACGUUUUCUCAAGUCAUUAAUACAAAGCAAAAUAUAACAGUUCUGGUUA